AUGUUGUGUUGGUCCAUAUGGGAAGCUAGAAACUCUGUUUGCUGGAAUAAUUCUCGGUUGGCUCCUGGAGCUGUGGUGGAGUGUGCGCUGGCUUUUUAUGAUAGCUGGAAGCAUGCGAACUUGACACAGUAUGGGGAUGAUUUUAUUCCUCAACUUGCUGAUCCCAUAAUCGCAAAUUGGCAGCCUCCAAGAAUGGGAUAUAUAAAGCUGAACAUCGACGUAGCUAUGGACCUCUAUAAUCGACGGAUGGGCUUUGGUUGGGUUGGUCGCGAUGAGGGCGGUAAGGUGCAUGCAGUGAUUAUGGAGAGAAGGGAGGGUCUUUAUUCGGUGAAGGAGACGGAAGCCAUGGGUGCUAGGGAGGCCCUGAAAUGGUUGAAGAACAAGGGUUGGGAUCACGCUAUUCUCGAAACUGAUGCCCAAGUUGUUACUAAAGCUGUGACCUCUGGCGUGGAUCUAUCCCCAUAUGGGAAUAUAAUUCACGAUAUUCGUACUCUUUUGCAGUCUUUACCAAAUGUUAGUUUUGUUUUUGCUAAGCGUAGUAGUAAUAUUGUAGCCCAUACUGUGGCUGCUCAUGCUUUAUGUAAUCCUGAGGGGAGUCGGGUUGAGUACCUUUACUCUAUUCCUCGGUUCCUGUCGGGUGUUGUUUCUCUUGAUAUUUGA